ACGCAAACGACGUUCCUCUCUGCCUCACCCUUUCAGUUUACAUGAAAAUGGAACUUAAACGGAGCCUCACCUCUAAAGUUAAAUUUGUUGUAUAACAGAAAUAGCUCUUCACUUUUAUCACCUUUAAAAUUUUGACACAACGUUUAAUUCAUCAUACUCUCAUUCUCUGCUUCACACACAUGUCGCUUGCAUCAUUCUCCAUCCUCCGCCACCGCACGGUGGCUUCCGCCGCCCCUCUCCUUCUCCGGCGCUUCCGUUGCGUCCCAAUCGCUGCCAGGCACCAAAACCCUAACAAACACAAACAAGAAGCCCCAAGCAAGAACCUCCUGAAAGCGAAACACACACUGAAGAACUUCUCCUCUCUCGCACCCGUUCUCUCCCUCGAAGACAAUCCUUCUCUCUCCGAAUCCCAAGCCGUCGGCGUCGUCGCCGCUUCUCAGGCCAACUUCAUGCGCGUCAUCGUCCACUCUCCCACUCAACAAGAACCUUCUAGAACCUUCCACGAGGUUGAGCUGUUAUGCGUGGUGAGGGCACUGCUUAAGAAGAUUAAACGGAGGGUGAUGGUUGGGGACAAGGUUCUAGUAGGUUCCAUUGAUUGGGUGGAUCGCAGGGGCAUGAUUGAGAAUGUGUUCCAGCGAAAAUGCGAGAUACUGGACCCUCCGGUUGCCAACGUGGACCAUUUGCUCGUGCUCUUCUCGCUCGAACAACCCAAGGUUGAGCCGUUUAUUCUAACUCGGUUUCUGGUGGAAGCCGAAUCCACUGGGAUCCCUCUCACUCUAGCACUCAACAAGAUGGAGCUUGUGGAUAAAGAGACCGCAGGUUCCUGGAAGGCUAGGCUACGUGGUUGGGGCUACGAGCCAAUUCUUUGCAGUGUUGAAUCUGGAUAUGGACUUGAUCUUCUUGCGUUCAAGUUGAGAGAUCAAACAACAGUGAUUGUGGGUCCUAGUGGAGUUGGGAAGUCUAGUUUGAUUAAUGCCCUUAGGAGCAAUUCUCGUGUCUCUGAUGCUGCUGAAGGGGAAAAUUGGUUUGAACCUAUUUUAGGUAGCAAGUGGUUUGAAAAUCAGCGAGUUGGGGAGGUUUCAACAAGGAGCGGCAGAGGGAAGCAUACUACUCGCCAUGUCUCUCUGCUUCCAUUAUCUGGAGGGGGUUAUCUUGCUGAUACCCCUGGAUUUAACCAGCCUAGUUUAUUGAAAGUGACGAAGCAAUCUCUUGCACAAACUUUUCCUGAAAUCAGGAAGAUGCUUAGUGCCAACGAGCCUGCAAAAUGUUCAUUUAACAAUUGCUUGCAUCUGGGUGAACCUGGCUGCAUUGUGAAGGGGGAUUGGGAAAGAUAUUCAUUCUAUUAUCAACUUCUUGAUGAAAUUAGAAUCAGAGAGGAGUUCCAGUUGAGGACAUUUGGAACUAAAAGAGAAGGUGAUGUAAGGUUCAAAAUUGGAGAAAUGGGUGUCCAGCAAGCAGAACCACGGUUGGAACCUAAGAAGCAUCGGAGACAAUCUCGGAAGAGGAUUAACCAGUCAAUUUUAGAUGACAUGGAUGAUGACGACAACUUACUUGAUGAGGAGAAUGACCCCUUUUUAAGGGCUUUGAGGGAUGAAAAAUAUUAGAGAUUCCUUAAUCCCCAGAGUAUAUUCAUUAUAAAUAGUUCCCUUCUGUGCAGCGUCUUGUAUCUCCGGGAUCAACUGGGUUACCGUUACCGAAGUUUUUUUUGUUUUGUUUGACCUGAGUCUUCUGUUGUGUAGGUUCAAUCGUGUAAAGAGUCUGUGCAAAUGUCACCAAUGGACACACCAUUCUUAAUUCCAAUGAUGUCAAAAGGUUUGAUC